AUGCUCCGUUUUCAUCUGGAUCCUCUUAGUACGACAGAGGAAGCUCAAGCUUUCCCUGACGUUCCUGUCGUCCCGGAGAAUUUCCAGUUUAAGAGGAGCUACUUACUAGGAUCUAAAAUCACUCCUACACCAAAAAAGAGCAAAUCCGCAUCAACAGUUGUUACAAGUGAUAACGAAUUUGAUUAUAUUACAUCAGACGAGUCUAUUGAUGACGACGAAGAGUCCGAACAAACGAAUACAGAUAAAUCACCAUAUGAGAAAAUUCUUGGAUAUAGAAAGAAUGACGAAGGAGAUUAUGAUUACUUUGUCAAAUUAUUUAAUCGCCCUUACAGGGACUGUCGCUGGGUCAAAGGCGAAGAUUUUUACCAAUAUCCACAAAAGCAAAAGAGUGCACUCAAGUUUAUUAAGAAAAAUCCAUUACAGACAUCUCCACCAUUUUAUGAUCCAUCGUACGAUGAAAUUGAUAGAAUUAUUGCGAUAGAUACAUCAAGUGAGCCACCAAAAUAUUUAGUCAAGUGGUCAUUGCUAGGAUACGAAAACUGUACAUGGGAAUCCGAUGUUGAUCAAGAAUCUAUCAAGGAAUUUAACAAGCGAAAUACAAAAACUGAAAAAAUUGAAGCCCCACCAGAUCCAGCCAAAUUUGAGCAACUCAAGGAAUCACCAAAGACAGAGAGUGGUCUUGAGCUGUUUUCUUAUCAACUUGCAGGUAUGAAUUGGUUAAGACAUCGAUGGUACAACAAUACGAACUGCAUUUUAGCAGAUGAGAUGGGUCUUGGUAAGACAGUCCAAGCCAUAUCAUUUUUAAACUACGCACAUACUCACGAAGGCCUCCAAACUCCAUUUUUAAUAAUUGCACCUUUAGUUACCUUAUACAACUGGUUACGCGAGUUCAACACAUGGACAAAAUUAAAUGUCGUAAUUUAUACCGGUCCAAAAGAAGCUAGAAACACAAUCCGCGAACAUGAAUUUAAUUAUGAGGACGGAACGGGUCCAAAGUUCGAUGUAUUAAUCACCAACUACGAACUCAUCAUCAACGAUACAGAAGUCUUCUCCCAGUUCAAUUGGAGCUUUUUAAUUGUUGAUGAAGCCCAAAGACUCAAGAACCAGAACUCCAAGUUAUUCUCUGCAUUGGCCAAUGUCCAUAGUGACCACAGAAUUCUUCUUACAGGUACUCCCAUCCAGAAUACUCUUGAAGAAUUAGUAUCCCUCCUAGAAUUCCUUCACCCAGGCGAAUUCCAAGACCUCACAGCUGCAGAAACAGCCGAAGAUGUUUUUGAGCUAAGAAAGAAGCUCGAACCACAUCUUUUACGACGUCUAAAAAGUGAUGUCGACAAAACUAUUGCUGCAAAGAAGGAAACAAUCAUCGAAUGCGGCAUGACGAAAUUCCAGAAGCAAAUCUACAAGGACAUACUUGAAUCCAACGCUAGAUUCCUUACAAAAGGAGCUCAUUGUUCUAAUAUUGCGAUGGAAUUACGAAAAGUUUGCAUCCAUCCUUAUUUGGUCAAAGGUGCUGAAGAGAGGAUUCUUCAGGACUUCCCAGGUGCAAACCAAAACCCUUCAAUCCUUCUGCAAGCGAUGAUCAGAGCAUCCGGAAAAAUGAUUUUGAUCGACAAACUUUUGCCAAAACUAAAAAGUGACGGACAUCGAAUACUUAUCUUUUCCCAGAUGACAAAUCUAUUAGAUAUCUUAGAAGACUAUCUAGCGAUGAAAGGAUAUCAAAGCUGCAGGAUCGAUGGCAAAGUAAAAGGCGAAAAAAGACAAGGAAUCAUUGACAAAUUCAAUGAACCAAAUUCCGAAUUAUUUGUUUGUCUUUUGAGUACUCGUGCAGGUGGCAUUGGUAUCAAUCUCAACUCCGCUGAUACUGUCAUCAUCUUCGACUCAGAUUGGAAUCCACAAAACGAUCUCCAAGCGCAAGCAAGAUGUCAUAGAAUUGGCCAAACAAAAACUGUCCAAGUUUACAGAUUAUUAACAAAAGGAACUUACGAACAAACAAUGUUCGAUUCCGCGAGUAGGAAGCUUGGAUUAGGUCAUGCCAUUCUCGACAAGAUGCCUCCGAAUAAAGAGAUCGACAUGUUACUAAGAAAAGGCGCUUAUCAUUUACUGAAUGAUGUCGAAGAAGAUAAUUUCGAUGAACAAGACAUCGAAGACAUAUUGAGUAAAUCGAAAGUCAUGGUUUACAAUGAAGCGACAUCAGGGUCAUUCAGUAAAGCCAAUUUCGAUCUCGGAGAUGAUUCAAGUCAAGUAGACAUAAACGAUCCAAAUUUCUGGGAGAAAUUGUUGCCACAACAACAAGAGCCAGCUGUUGUCGAAGAGAAUUUGUACGAUGACGGAAGAAUGAGAACGCGCCAUCAAAAGACACAAGGAAUGAAUGACGAAGAAGACCCUGCUUUGGAUGAUGGAACAUCAAGAGACUGGAAACGCGCAGAAAGAGAUAAAUUGCAGCAUUUGUUGCAAUGGUACGGCUGGGACAGAUGGAAUGAUGCAAGUAAAUUGGUCGGAUUGAAGAGAAGUGUCAUUGAAAUCAAAUUGGCUGCAAGAGCAAUGUUAAGAAAAUUGUUGAAUGCUGAAACAGAUCUCAGCCAAUAUACAACAGCAAGAAUGUUAUUAGAUAAAGCUUGUUCGAAGGAAUUCGAUCCUAAUUUCAUUGGCGAUGAUGAUGCAAUUGCUGUUGAUGAUGAUUUCAUGAAACAACCUGCAAUGAUUGAUCCUGAAUUCGUCAUGGCAGCUGCAAAGAAAGGAGGUGCAUGGAUAAAGAGAAUUGAAAUGCUUUAUUAUCUUUGCAUGGCUGUUGACAAAGCAAAUCGUAAUCCAGAAGAAAUCUUUGUCCCUACAGUUCAAGGAAACUCUCCAACAUCAUGGUGGACAGCUAAUGAUGAUAGAUAUUUAAUCUACGGAACAUAUAUACAUGGAUUUACUCGUACAGAAGAAGUUUUGGCUGAUGACGACCUCAAAUUUACUUAUAAAGGGGAUGACACCAAAGAACCCCCCUCAACAACAUCAUUAACACCGAGGUUACGCAAAUUAGCGCAUGGAUUAAAGAGAUAUCUAAAUGGAGAGUCAAGGAGAUCUGAUAAUCAGCCGAGCGAACCAAAUGCUCCUAAAAACAAGAUCUGGCUGAAAAGAGAUAAAUCAACUGUUCUCCAACACAUGUUGCAUGGUGGAGUUCCUCUUAAAGAGAACGGAGAUCAUGAUUGGGCCAAGUUCAGAGAGAUCUGCGGCUUCAACGACAAAACAGACGAACAGAUGCAGAAAUACGUCGAAGAAAUGAUGGAUACAGGAUCAAAUGAUGACAACUCGAAACAUAAUGACAAAGACGAUGACGACGCAAAGGAUGAUGAAGAGAAAUCUAAUGAAGGAACAGGUCCUGCUGUUACAGCAACAAGAAUCAAACAGAGAUUCGAGUCAUUGACAAAACUAAGACAGAUUUUCCUCAAAUACAGUGAACAAGAAGUUGCUGAAUAUUUCUCUUAUCUUCCAAGAUGGAGAAAUGUCCCGAGAUCAUGGAACGACCACCUCGAAUUCGAGUUCUUCAAAGCAAUUUCGCAGAGAGGAUGGGGUGUUUGCGCGGACAUUUUGAAAGGAGAAACAUUCAAAGGAGUUUUCGAAGGCGACAAUCUCCCGAAUUUCUUCACAUCUGAUGCAAGAGUUAUUCGAAGAUUGAACACCAUUUUGGACUAUUUCCAGAACAAUUCCCUUGAAAGUCUUCGUCUUAAAGAAGCCACGAAUCCAAAGGCCAAAAAGAAGAAGACAAGUAAAGCUAAAGAUGACGAACUCGAGAUGCCAACAAUCGAGAGAAAUCCUGAUGGUUCUCCUGUCAUGCCUUUGAUGUUAACUUCAACAGCAUGGAUCAUCUCACUCGGCCACAUUGUCACAGAUAGAACUGGUUUCCACACUGACAGAUACAUUUAUCCAGCCGGAUUCAAGUCAACGAGAUUGUACGCUUCGACAUUGGAUCCAACACACAGAGUUAGAUACAAUUGCGAGAUCAUUGACAAUGGAGAAGCAAUUCCUUUGUUUAGAGUUUCAAUGGAAGACAAUCCGGAAGUUAAAUACGAAGGAAACUCUCCGACAUCUCCUUGGACAUUGAUAUUGAAGAGAAUUCUCGAGUUGAGAACACAAACUCCGAAAGCUCUUUCUAUUUCUGGACCAGAUAUUUAUGGUUUGGCACAUCCAGCAGUUGUUUAUUGCAUCCAGAACAUGGAAGGUGCUGACAAAUGUGUCAACUACAUUCCAAGAGUUUUCUCAACAACGAAGGCCGCUCCUAAGCAGGCGAAAAGAAGAUCUCACGCAGAAGAAGGUAACCAAGAAGGACAUCAAAAGAAUCCAGGUGAUGGAAGUCAGACUCCAAACGGACCUCCUCCACCUCCUGGAUCUCCAAAUAGAGCUUUGUCAUUCUUAGGAAACAAAUUGCCACCAAUUACAUCACCACAAUUGUUGCAGCAGUUGAUACAGAACAAAGUCUUGCAGAUAGGAAAACUUCCUCCACAGCAGUUGCAACAGAUUCAACAGCAGCAACAACAACAAAGAAAAGCUCUUCAAGGUCCAAAUAUUACAGUCACUACUCAAGGAAUUCCUCAACAACCUCCAACUCCAUCUGCUUCUACAUCAAAUCCUCCUCCUACUGUUCCUCCUGUUUCAAAUACUCCUCCUGCAACAGUUCCUGUAUCAACUCCUCCUUCUUCUUCACAGCAGCAGCAACAACAACAACCAAUAAUUCCAAAGCCUUCGGUUGUUCCGAAACCUUCUGAAGAUCAAGAUUUGUGA